UUGCCGUGUGACAUCAUGGUCUGUCUGCAACAUCCUGCAAUCAGAUUAACGAGCCAUAUUAAGAUCAAGAAGUCGAUAUGAGAGAUUGGGCAACGGGCUACAUAUUCCUCAUAUGAUAAGACUUUUUGAUGAUUUAGGGAAAAAAAAGCGGAGGGCGGUAAACAUCAGUUAAGCAAACAGCCAAUGGGAUAUUCAGAGCUGGUGGCAUCAAUUUCCCCAUCGACGAGCUGCUUUAAAACGACCUCUGUAAAGGCAAUUGGGUAAGAGGACUUCAGAAAACCGGGAAUCAACGCAACUGUAUCCUGUAUCAUUUCAUCUGUAUCUACACUUCACAUGAACCCGGAUCCCCUGCAGCUUUGCUGUCUUCUUCUAUAAGGAAACGCGGUUGGAGAGCGCACGCGCACUGCUAUUACAGAAACCUCCCUUCCGAGCAAAAAUGACCGAAACGGUAACCAGGAAUCAUCGCGCCGGCAAGCAACAGAAUGGCGAUGCCGCGGCAGAGACAUCGACGGUGGAGGAUGUUUUUGACGACACCUACACAGAGAAAGAGGGUCCCAAACCGCCGAGAACCCUGGUGUGGAGAAAUAUCAUACUGAUGUCCCUCCUACAUAUCGGUGCGCUCUAUGGACUGAUUGCCAUUCCCUCCGCAUCGGCUUUAACUCUUGCAUGGACUGUAGUUUGCUACCUCAUCAGUGCUCUUGGUGUGACCGCCGGCGCACACAGAUUAUGGAGCCACAGAUCCUAUAAGGCUUCACUUCCCCUGCGAGUCUUCCUCGCUCUCGCCAACUCAAUGGCCUUUCAGAAUGACAUAUACGAGUGGGCAAGGGACCACCGCGUCCAUCACAAGUACUCUGAGACGGACGCAGACCCCCACAACGCCACGCGGGGGUUUUUCUUCGCCCACAUCGGUUGGCUGCUGGUUCGCAAACACCCAGACGUCAUUGAAAAGGGACGGAAAUUGGAGAUGGUGGACCUGAAGGCAGAUAAAGUGGUUAUGUUUCAGAGGAGGCACUACAAGCUCUCUGUGAUCAUCCUUUGCUUCCUUGUGCCCACCUUGGUGCCCUGGUACUUCUGGGGUGAAUCCUUGGUUGUGGCAUACUUCAUCCCCGGGCUCCUGAGGUACGCUGUGGUGCUCAACGCCACCUGGCUGGUCAACAGUGCUGCGCAUAUAUGGGGCAACAGGCCUUAUGACAAGAACAUCAACCCAAGGGAAAACCCACUGGUUGCUUUCAGCGCCAUAGGGGAAGGCUUCCACAACUACCACCACACAUUCCCCUUUGACUACGCCACAAGCGAGUUUGGCUGCAAGCUCAAUCUCACUACUGCCUUUAUAGACCUCAUGUGCUUCCUGGGGUUGGCCAAGGACCGUAAGAAGGUAUCCAAGGAAAUGAUCAUCGCUCGCAUCCAGCGAACGGGUGAUGGCAGCAACAAAAGUGGCUGAGUCACGCCAGCCACAGACUCUGCGACUGACACCGACACGUCAAACCGAGACAGAACGUAGCAGCAUUUCAGUGAUGGGGUGAUGAUUACCAUGCUUCUGAUUAUAAGUUAAACCUCUUCCUGAGAUUAAUACUGGCCUUUCCAUAAAUUGUGUGGGUCUCUCAUAAGUUUUGAAGUGUCCUCACUGACUAUUAGGCACAGCCAGUGACUUGGCUACAUGUGCAAGCACAGCUUUUUUUUCACUAUAAUAUCAAACAGGCACAAAGAGAAUGGAAAAAGGCUCAUCGGAAUUUAAGUCCUUUUUUUUGGGCAGCAGUAGGUGCAGCCAAACAGGUCUGUGUGAGCAGUGUGUAAAAGCAGUAAUUACAGAAUAAUUUACUGUAUCUCUUAUUUAUUAAUGUGCUAUUUAUUAAUAGUCUUUGGCAAUUUGAAAGCUUUAUUGAAACCCUUAACAGUGAGUUUUUUUUUGUUGUUUUUUUUACAAACAAGACUGAGGACCUUUCACUCUAACUUCUGUCAGUAGUGCUUUGUUUCAUUCAACAGAGGGUGGAAUUUAAUCUUGGUAUUUGUUCAUCUAUUUUAAGCUAAGGUUUUCUUUAUACUUGGUAAGCUAGUAGUCUUACUAAACCAGAAGCUGCUGUGUCCAAGGCCAACAUUUCAAGGCCCCAUUUAUCAUAUUAGAGUAACCCUGGCUGAGUACAGUUCAGAUGUGUUAUACUUUGGGAUGUUCUCACGCCCACUGUCUCCAACUUGUCCAAAGGCCACUUAAUGAGGUUCUGUAUACCUCCAGUUGAGUGGUGAAGCUGCCUCAGACUUCAUUAUGAACCCUCUUCAUGUAGACUCCUCUGGACUGAAACCUAGACCCAGACUUCUCACUCUUAAUCUGAAAAGAGAGUUGUUUGCACUUAUUUUGUAUUAAUUUGAAAUACACUCAAGAUAAGAUUCCAUCUCCCUCGGAUAAGGCCUAUGAGGCAUGUGUAAGAGGUGCAUUUACCUUUUGUGCUGUGUGAUAUUAUUGAAACAUAUUCCAGGACUCUUGCCCAAAUGCCUUAUGAGGGUUGCACACUUGUUAAAAAAAUUAAAAGUGCACAUUACGAAGCUAAAUUAGGGCUUAAAUUUUCUGUCUAAUCACGGUUGUGUGGUGUCUGUUUAUAAGGAAAACUUGAAAAACUGUACUCCCUUAUUUAUAAUGAAAAAGAGGAACCACUCAACAAAUCCUAAAAAAAGAUGCUUUAUCAUGAUUUAACUUCUGUAUAACCAAACAAAUACUUUGCUCUAAAACAACAUCCAAACUUGUUAUAAUAUCAUUAAAGAUACUGUUGUGAUAUUCCUCUUCCUCUUUUACAGAGCAACAGUUUUUUACAGUGUUAACUUCAUGAAUUUUGAAUGCCUUAAAAAAAUGGCACAUUUUUUCAAAGAAUGUUUUUGCCCACAGUAUGUACCGUAAAUAAACCAAAUUUUCUACUUGUGACAAAGUAUGUUUUGCUGUUUUUGUUGGAAUUCUGUAAUACUCCUUAUUCGUAUACUGAAUAAAAAAUAUGAUCAUA